AUGCCGCAUAUGGAAUCCUCUUCAAUCCAAAAUGUGGUUCCCGUCAAAUCGACCAGCGUUCCUCCUCCCGCCGAAGACGUCUCGACGCUUCUGAACACCAUCUUCGUCGCGAAGAGUUCGCAAGAGUCGCUCGACGCUGCAUAUGCCCUCACCGACGUGCUAAGCGAGUCGGUCAGCUUCCGUGGCUUCGCUCGCUAUGGCAUUUUCGACGCCAUCAAGAAAGCCGCCGCCGACAAGAAGGUAGGCGCCAAACGUGAGGGUGCCAUGUUCGCCAUCGGUGCCCUAUUUGAGCGAUUCCCCCCGAAGCACCGCAUAACCGAAGCGGUCUUCCUCCAGCCCGAAGACAAUUUGGUGGUCACCGCCCUCGACGCGUUGGCUGACAAAGGGCCCUCGGUUCGUGAGGGAGCCAAAUAUGCCCUCGAUGCGCUGUUCGGAAAUCUAUCUCCGGAAGCCCUGGUUGCUGGCCUCCUGCCGAUCCUUACCAAAUAUUUGGGCAAAGCCACCGGGAAAUGGCAAGGGACUGUGGGAGCGUACGGUUUGGUGGGCCGAAUGGCAGACAAGGCCAAGAUCGGAUCAGGGACGCGGGAAGAAGAGGAAAGCAAAGACGUCCUUCGAGAGAUGAUGGGCAAGCAGCUAGAGCGGUUGAUUCCGAUCGUCGAGGGAGGGAUGCACGAUUUGAAGUCCGAGGUUGCAAAGCAAGCCGCCAAGACGAUGACCAUAUUGACGACUCUUCUCCAAAACGACGAUGUUGCUCCCCGGAUACCCCUCCUCAUCAAAUCCAUGGAAAAUCCGUCCACCGGCACUCAACAGAAAGCCAUCCAUGCUCUGUCACAGACGACAUUCGUGGCCGUCGUCACAUCUCCGGUCCUCGCCCUCGUCACUCCGCUGCUGGAACGCUCCCUGAACACUCCAACCACGACCCAAGAGGUGCUGCGCCAAACCGUGGUUGUGGUGGAGAACUUGACCAAGCUGGUUCAUAACCCGAUUGAAGCACGAGCUUUCCUGCCGAAGUUGAAACCUGGUGUGAAAGCGGUGAAGGAUCGAGCCUCGCUUCCGGAAGUUCGCGAAAUCGCAUCGCGGGCGCUGAAGGUGAUCGAACAAGCGAUGGGCGAAAAUGGUGGUAAGGGAAUGGUCGACAUCUUCGCCCCCACACUUCCCGCACAUGUCGCCGCCUUGCUGGAGAAGGAAGUGCAAAAGAAUGGGGACAUUUCAGCCGAGGAUGCAUCGGUAUGGGCCUCGACCAAGAACUAUGUCUCCGAGAUGGUGGCCGAGGACGUCAACCAACGCCAUUUGGAUCGGCUGCAUGUCAACAUUGAACCGUACCUUAGGGAUUUGACUGACAGUGCACGUGCGUCUGCUAUUGCGGAAGCUGCGCAUGCGUUCUACGUCGAAGAGGAAAAUCGGAAAUACGGUGCUCCGAUCCAAGAGGAGGACGGCGAAGAGGAGAUUGUGAACGCAAGGUUUUCUCUGGGAUACGGUGGCAUGCUGCUCCUCUCGCACACCAACCUGAGGCUCCUCAAAGGCCACAGGUACGGGCUCUGCGGUCGCAACGGAGCCGGAAAGUCAACCCUCAUGCGGAGUAUCGCUGAGGGGAAGCUCGAAGGAUUCCCGACCCCCGAUCAACUGCGGACGUGCUUCGUCGAGCAUAACCAAGGCGAAAGCGCGGACCUCACCAUUCUGGAGUUUAUCGCGAAGGAUCCUCGUUUUGCCGACGAGACCGUCGAGCACAUCUCUUCCGUCUUGGAAGAGGUUGGCUUCGAUGCCGGUCCGGAGGGAAAGCAGUCCAUGAAGGUCGGCGCCUGCUCGGGCGGUUGGAAGAUGAAGUUGGCGUUAGCACGAGCGAUGCUCAUGAAAGCCCAAGUUCUGUUGCUGGACGAGCCGACCAAUCAUUUGGACGUUGCCAAUAUCAAGUGGCUGGAGGAGUACCUCCAAAAGCACACGGAAAUCACGAGUUUGAUCGUGAGCCACGACUCCGCGUUCCUCGAUGCCGUCUGCACCGACAUCUAUCACUACGAGCAGAAGAAGCUGGUUUCGUACAAGGGGAAUCUUGCCGCUUUCGUUAAGGUUAAGCCCGAGGGCAAGUCCUACUACACCUUGUCGGCCUCCAACGUUCAAUUCAAAUUCCCUCCCCCCGGGCUCCUGACUGGAGUCAAGAGCAACACCCGGUCGAUUCUUCGCAUGACGAACUGCACGUUCACAUAUCCCGGAGCAUCAAAGCCGAACCUGUUCGAUGUAUCCGCCGGGCUCUCGUUAUCAUCGCGAACGGCCAUCAUCGGACCCAACGGCGCCGGCAAGUCCACACUCAUCAAAGUCCUCACCGGCGAAGUGGUCCCACAAGAAGGAAAGGUCGAGAAGCAUCCCAACUUACGUAUUGGAUACAUCAAACAGCACGCGUUGGAGCACGUGGAAAUGCACUUGGAGAAGACGCCCAAUCAGUACCUGCAGUGGCGAUAUGCCCACGGCGAUGACCGCGAGGUGCUGAUGAAGGCGACGAGAAUUUUGACCGAGGAUGAGAAGGCGCAGAUGGCGACGCCAAUCGAUAUUGGCGACGGCAGUGGACCACGGAACGUUGAAGCGCUGAUCGGUCGGCAAAAGUACAAGAAGAGCUUCCAAUACGAAGUGAAAUGGGUGAACUGGCUCCCCAAGUUCAACAAUAUGAUCUCCCGCGAAACCCUGCUCGCCCGCGGCUUCCAAAAGCUCGUCCAAGAGUUCGACGACCACGAGGCCUCCCGCGAAGGGUUGGGCUUCCGUCAGCUGGAGCCGAAGAUCAUCUCGAAGCACUUCGAGGACAUCGGCUUGGACCCGGAGAUCGCCAACCACAACACCAUCUCCGGCCUCUCCGGCGGCCAAAAAGUCAAGGUCGUCCUCGCCGGCGCCAUGUGGAACAACCCGCAUCUCCUCAUCCUCGACGAACCGACCAAUUUCCUGGACCGCGAUUCCCUCGGCGGUCUGGCGGUCGCGAUCCGCGAUUUCCGCGGCGGCGUGGUCAUGAUAUCACAUAAUGAGGAGUUCGUCAGCGCACUGUGCCCGGAGCAAUGGCACGUCAACGACGGGCGGCUGACCGCCAAGGGCCACCUCGCCGUGUCCCUGGAUCGGUUCGAGGACAGCCGUCCCGGGUCUGGCAUCGGAACUCCUAGCGGCGUCGGCAGCGGGCCGGCCAGCGGGAUGAGCUCGGCGGUGGCGUCGGCGGCGGCGUCGGCAGCGAACAGCGAAGCGGAGGGCGGGGACAUGAAGUUCAAGGCGAAGAAGAAGAAGAAGAUGACGCGCGCGCAGAUGAAGGAGCGGGAGGUGCGGAGGCGGUUACGGCAUAUCGAGUGGCUGAACAGCCCGAAGGGGACGCCUCAUCCGCUGGACACGGACGAUGAGGCGGAGUAG